UCCAUAUUGACACCACAUGCUCAACACCAUCCUUAACAACUGCUGCAUAUUUUAUUCAUUUCCUUUCUAUAUCAUGAUUAGCUGUUAUAUAAAGAGAGUCAAGCACUUGUUAACAUCACACAAACAUUGAGCUUUACAAUUAUCUUAGAAGAAAAAAAAAUAACAAACUACAAUUUAAAGAGAAAUAUGGCAAGCAACAAGUACCAUGUUCGCUCAAACAGUUUUCCUUCUCAAUCUCAUCCUAACUCCACAAGAAUAGAACAAGAGCUAACCAAAAUCAAGACAUGGGAAGCCACAUCAACAUCCACAUCUGAUUCAAUUACCACUGGCCUUUCCUUUCUUGAAGAUUUGUAUAUUUCUUUGGAAGAUCUUCUCAACAUGUCAUCAACACAAAAGGCUAUUUCUCACCAUCAAGGUGAGAAAUUUGUGGAAGAAUUAUUGGAUGGUUCAGUGAAAGUUUUGGAUAUCUGUGGCAUCACAAGGGACACCAUGUUACAAAUUAAAGAAAAUGUUCAAUCACUUCACUCUUCUCUUAGAAGGAGAAAGGGAGAUUCAAGCAUUGAAACAAGUGUAGCCGAAUAUAAAUUUUUCACUAAGAAGAUGAAGAAGAAUGUCACAAAGUUGAUCACAUAUUUAAAACAUAUGGAAACUAAAUUUGGAGUUUCUUCACUUUUGAAUCAAGAUCAAGACCUUGUCGCAGUUAUUACAGUUCUUAGAGAGGUCAUUAAAAUGAACUUGUCUAUCUUUCAAUCCAUAUUGUCUUUCUUGGUUGGAUCUUCAUCAAAGUCAAAGGCAACAAAAUGGUUGAAAGUGACAAAGUUGAUGCAAAAGAGGGUAACAUGUGAAGAGAGGAUGGAGAAUUUCAAUGAAUUGCAGUGUGUGGAAGCAUCGUUAAGAACCCUUAUAAGUGAAGGUUCUAUUGUUGCACAUGAUAGAUUUGAGGCUUUGGAGAAUGCAAUUGAAAGUAUAGAAAAUGGUUUAGAGAAUAUAUUUAGGCAUUUGGUUAAAACUAGAGUCUGUCUUUUGAACAUCAUGACUCUAUCUUAGGGAUCUGAUGAGGAUUGAAUUUUUUUUUGCACAUUCAAUCUGUAUAUAGAUAUUAUGUAUUUAAUACAAGCAUAUAGAAACAACACAUUUUUGGUCUA